ACAAAACUUACCGCAAUGUACAAGAAAUAUUGUAGCGAUUUGGCUUCACAGUCAGCCGGCUCCAGUGGAAAAAGCAACACACAAGAAAAAAUGUCCGAUUUAAAGGAACUCUGGGAGAAACUUAAUGCUGGUCCAAGCAAAUCACUUCUUAAAAAAUAUCUCACGGAAAAGGUGUACAAUGAAUUGAAGGAGAGAAAAACUAAUCUCGGUGGAACAUUAGCGGACUGCAUUCGCUCAGGAGCCAAAAACUUAGACUCAGGGGUGGGCUUGUAUGCUUGUGACCCUGAGGCCUAUGAAACCUUCAAAGAACUCUUUGACCCAGUUAUCUGUGAUUACCACAAGGUUGACAAGGUCACCCAUCCUAAAUGUGACUUUGGGCCCCAGGACAACCUAGGAUUUGACCCCCUGGACCCCACUGGAGAAUACAUUGUGUCCACUAGAGUCAGAGUGGGCAGGAGUCAUGAUGGAUACCCCUUCCCCCCAGUCUCCACUGAUGAGCAACGCGUAGAAAUGGAAAAGAAGACCAAGGAAGCUCUUGGUACACUGACGGGAGACCUAAAGGGGAAAUACUACUCUCUAGAAUCCAUGACCCCUGAGGAAAACCAACAGCUCAUCGACGACCACUUCAUGUUCAAAAACGAUGACAGGAUGUUGGGUGAUGCUGGUGGAUACAACGGCUGGCCCGUAGCCAGAGGUAUCUUCUUCAACGAGAAGAAAACCUUCCUCGUCUGGAUUAAUGAGGAGGACCAUCUCAGAUUCAUCUCCAUGCAGAAGGGCGGUGAUGUGGGAGAAGUGUACAGACGUCUAGUAUCGGCCAUUAAAGCACUUGAGAAGAACCUGAAGUUCGCCUACAGUGACAGACAUGGUUAUUUGACCUUCUGUCCAACCAACUUAGGAACAACACUGCGUGCUAGUGUCCACAUCAAGGUCCCUAAACUUGCAAAGAAUGAGGAGGUCCUCAAAAAGAUCUGUGAAGACAAUAAACUCCAGCCCAGAGGUAUCCAUGGUGAACACACAGAAAGUGUAGGAGGAGUUUACGACAUUUCAAACAAACGUCGCUUGGGUCUCACUGAAUACCAGGCCAUGCAGGAAAUGUACAACGGAAUCAAGCAGAUCAUCGAGGCUGAGAAGAAUGCUAAAUUAACAACUUCCAAGAUGUCCCUUGAAGAACUGUGGAACAAACUGAAAAAUGCAACCGACUGCAAAUCUCUGUUGAAGAAGCAUUUGACUCCAGAGAUUUACGAGCAGCUCAAAGACAAGAAAACAAAGUUUGGUGGAACACUUCUCCAUUGUAUACAAUCGGGCUGUAAGAACUUGGACAGCGGCUGUGGAAUUUACGCCAGUGACCCAGAGGGUUACGAUGUGUUUAAGGAGGUUCUCUUCCCCGUUAUUAAGGACUACCACAAAGUCAGUGAGGUCAAACACCCAAAGCCAGACUUCGGCGAUCUGAACAACCUUGGCUUUGGUGACCUUGAUCCCUCCGGAGAGUACAUCGUGUCCACCCGUGUCAGGGUCGGGCGCAGUCACGCCAGUUUUGGAUUUCCUCCUGUCGUCAAUGCUGAGCAACGUAAGGAGAUGGAGAAGAUUUCUGUGGACGCUCUGAAAACUCUGGAUGGGGAACUGAAGGGGAAAUACUACUCCCUAGAAACAAUGACCCCUGAGGAAAACCAACAACUCAUCGAUGACCACUUCAUGUUCAAAAACGAUGACAGGUUCCUACAGGAUGCUGGCGGAUACAACGAUUGGCCUAUAGGCAGAGGAAUCUUCUUCAAUGACAACAAAACCUUCCUAUGCUGGGUGAACGAGGAGGACCAUCUCCGCCUGAUUUCUAUGCAGAAGGGCGGGGACCUGGCUGCCGUCUACAAAAGGCUCAUCACAGCUAUCAAGGAAAUGGAGAAGAAGUUGACCUUUGCCCAUCAUGAUAACCUUGGCUACCUCACAUUCUGUCCCACCAAUCUGGGAACCACCUGCAGAUCCAGCGUCCACAUCAAAAUCCCAAAACUGGCUGCCCAACCUGACUUCAAGGCCUUCUGCGAGAAACUGAAUCUACAGCCAAGAGGUAUUCACGGCGAGCACACAGAGAGUGUGGGAGGUGUGUAUGAUAUUUCUAACAAGCGCCGUCUGGGACUUAGUGAAAUCGAGGCUAUCCAAGAAAUGAGGCGAGGAGUAGAGGAAAUCAUAAAACGGGAAAAGGAACUGCAGGGAAAGUAAAAUAAAUGUGAAACCAGUAACCAAAUACAGUGCCGGAAAUAUUACGAACUGUGAUAAAUAUUUAUAUAUUUUAUUAUGAUUUAAUUGUAAAUAUAAAAUUAAAUUAAAAGUAUACGCAAAACGCCAA